AUGCAGUUCUCUCACGCUCUCAUUGCUCUUGUUGCGGCCAGCCUAGCAAAUGCUCAGCUCCCUGAUAUCCCACCUUGCGCUUUGAGCUGUUUCGUUGAUACUCUCGGAAACGACGGGUGCUCCCAGCUGACCGACUUCGAGUGCCACUGCAAAAAGCCUGAGUUGCCCGGAAAGAUCACUCCUUGCGUUGAGAAAUCUUGCGACGUUGCUGCCCAAAGCUCCGUCUCCAACCUCGUUAUCAAGCAGUGCUCGUCCGCUGGUGUCCCCAUCAAGCUCCCACCAAUUGGCGGUGGUGGCACUACCAGCUCUGUCCCCUCAGUUCCUACCGCCCAGCCCACUGGAAAGCCCACCACUACGCCCUCUAGUUAUCCUACCGCCAAUCCAAGCCAAGUGCCAACUAUAUCCAGAAUCCCAUCUGGCACCGGCUCAAAACCUGUGCCCACCCCCACCCCCACUCCCAGCCGCCCACCUCAGUUCCCCGGCGCUGGCUCCAACCUCAACGCCAAUGUUGGAGGCGUUGCUGCCGCUCUCCUUGCCGUCGCUGCUUACCUGUAA